AUGCAUUUCUUCACCCUAUCUUUUGCGCUGCUUCCAUUGACCACAAGAGCCACAAAUGUCGUUCUCUCAAAUGAUGAUGGCUGGGCCGAGAUAAAUAUCCGGACGUUUUACAACACCCUAACAGCAGCCGGCGACUCCGUUGUCCUGAGUGCUCCUGCUGAAAACGAGUCAGGGACAGGUUCAUCAGACGCGCCAGCAACGCCGCUCACAGAGCCCUGCGAGUAUAAUUCUUGUCCUACUGGAUCUCCGGCCGAGGGCAACAAUGCAUCCAACACACGCCUCAAUUACGUCAACUCUUACCCAGUCACAUCGAUGCGCUACGGCAUCCAGACGUUGUCUCCCAAAUUCUUCGGUGGUGCGCCAGAUAUUGCGGUGGCGGGUUUUAACGUGGGAGCAAACCUUGGUAGCACUGUUCUCAUAUCUGGAACUGUUGGAGCAGCGACGGAGGCUUCAAAAGAAGGAAUCCCCGCCAUUGCCUUCAGCGGCACCACAGGGUCGCAGACCGGAUACACUGCGCCAGUGCAGACAUAUAUGACCGUAUACGCAGACCUAUCGACCAAUGUCACUCAGAGCCUCGUGGCGUCUGGCAAGCCGUACCUUCCAUCCGAUAUCUGGCUCAACGUUAAUUUCCCCGCCGUGAACUGCAGUACUUGUUCAUCGCCUGCCGACUUCAAGUUCGUCUUGUCCAGGAUCAAUAGCGCAACGAGCAGUACCGCAAAGGAUGUCAACACAUGUGGAUCGACCAGGCUUCCGACUGAGACCACGGUUGUUGAUACGGCGGGGUGUUAUGCCAGUAUCAGUGUGGGAAACGCUGUCGCUAAGACAGAUGCGAAUGCGACUGAGCAGGCAGUCGUGUUGGAGAAAUUGCGGAGCAUACUCUCCUGUCUGCCUUGA